CAAUGGAACAAUUUAUUUGCGGAAAAUGUGAAUCGAUGUGCCCUAAAUCGGAAAUUGAACUCCGUACUAGAGAAAAACUAUUGCACUUCUACGAGCUACGAAGCUCUGGUGCCCGCCAGCCAAGUGAACCAAGUCGAGUAGUAAAGGAGUUCUCUCGAUCCGCCGCUGGCGUGAAACGACCGAAGGAAACCGAUAUUCGAUCGGUACAAGCAUUGAAACGUACCGUAAAGUAUUUGCUAACAGAAGUCUUCCACGACGACCGUCGGUCAUACAAUUUCAAAUAUGAUUUCAUCUUCGAUCGUCUUCGGGCCGUUCGCCAGGAAAUGGUUAUGCAAAACCUGAGUGCGGAAAAAACAUUGCAACUGCUGGAACCGAUCAUUCGUUUCCUAGCUUACAGCGCCUAUCGGCUCUGUGAGGCACCAAUCAGUGAGUUUGACCCAAAAAUUUGCAACACACAUUUGCAGGAGUGCUUGAAAAAGGCACUCCGCUGCUACGAUGAGUUGAAUAAGCAGUCCCCUAAUCGAACCGAAAUGGAAGGACUUUACCUGAUGUUCAACCUUGGUCACACCGAAGCCCUCAAUCGGGGGAUCAGUUUACCUAGCAAACUAAAGGAAUCACUAAGAACACUCCUCCGGAUGAACAUCGAAUACCAUCGGGGGAACUUCUACCGAGUCCUGCAUGCCAUCCAGAAGCUUCCCCCACUGGAAGCAGCUCUUGCUGUGCUAAAGCUAGCGGAAAUUCGUCGCCAAAUGCUGCUCCGAUUCUCGGUAGCCUUCCAGAGCAAAGUCCUCAUCGUUCCACUCGAGUGGCUUCAUCACGUUUUGCACUAUCAGAAAUGUGAGGGUUUGGCGCUGAUCGACGACUGCAAAUACUACAACCUCCAGGUGAUAGACCAGAGCGCUCGAUCAACCAAAACCAAAACGGACUGGUGGGAGGAUGAUGAAGACUCACCUAGCGAACCGAAAGCGGACGCGGCCGGUGGUCAGCGGCAGCUCAGCCAUCUCAACCAGAAAUCGGUGAAAUUUGAGAAGGCUCAAUUCGAUGCCAACAAACCUGCGAAUCAACCGCGCCGCAUGGAGUUUGUUGAUCGGGCACUUGGUAGCGUGAAGGCGAUCUCUGCACUGAUGAUAGGUGGGGAUGCGGACACUUGCUGACUAUUUGGAUUAGCAUGUAUACGUUGUUGGAUAGUUAACUCAAUCAAAACGUAGAUUUUAACAAUGAAGACUAUUGUUAUGUUUGAGAAUGAUAUAAAAUAGGUGGACCAAUUAGCAGAUAGUAUGUGCUAGUGUAUGAACAUUUUGUAAUUGUGUAGUGUAACGAGCCUGGGAACGUAUUGACGUCGUUAAUUUUAAAUUUAAAUUAAUAAACAACAAGGCGUUCAUUCAUAGUAGGCAGUGAUUCUAAAAUCAAAAUCAUUCGUUGAAAGCUGAGGUUGAAAGGACAAUUUAACAGUUCAGUUACAGUCGUAGAAGGCGUGAAAAAAUGUCUAGUAUUAAUAAAACUAACAAAUCAGUUUGAAUAAUUUACUAAGAAGUACGUUAACUAAAUGGUUAUAGAAGCAAAAUGAAAUUAAAUAAAAGUGUUAGUGAUUUUUAUACACUACAGAUAC